AUGGGGAGGAAGCUGGACCUGUCUGGUCUGACCGACGACGAAACGGAGCAUGUCCUCCAGGUGGUUCAACGAGACUUCAAUCUUCGCAAAAAAGAGGAAGAACGGCUAAGCGAGAUGAAGCAGAAGCUGGCCGAGGAAGGCAGCAAGUGCAGCAUCCUCUCGAAGCACCAGAAGUUCGUGGACCACUGCUGCAUGCGCUGCUGUUCGCCCUUCACCUUCCUGGUCAACACCAAGCGCCGGUGUGCCGACUGUCAGUUCAACGUCUGCAAGAGCUGCUGCUCCUACCAGAAGCACGAGAAGGUGUGGAUCUGCUGCGUCUGCCAGCAGGCCAGGCUUCUGAGGACCCAGUCUCUGGAAUGGUUCUACAAUAACGUGAAGAGUCGCUUCAAACGCUUCGGCAGUGCUAAAGUCUUGAAGAACCUGUACAGGAAACACCGGCUGGAGACCGGGGCGUGCUUCGAUAUUCUAGGAGGAAGCUUUUUCGAGGCAAACCUGGAGAAUGAAGGAAGUGUGUCAGGCAGUGAUUCAACAUUUUAUAGACAGUCUGAAGGACACAGCAUGAUGGACACAUUGGCUGUCGCCCUGCGGGUGGCUGAAGAGGCCAUCGAGGAGGCAAUUUCCAAAGCAGAAGCCUAUGGGGACAGUCUGGACAAGCAGAAUGAGGCCAGUUACCUGCGGGACCACAAGGAGGAGCUGACGGACGAACUGGCCACGACCAUCCUGCAGAAGAUCAUAAGAAAACAGAAGAACAAAGGCGAGCAGCAAAUGGGAGAAGAGCCAGAGUGGUCACAGCCCCAGAGCUGCAGUGCAGAGGCCGCUGACGAGGGGACCGCAGCCCCCCCGGGAGGCCCCCGAGCUCCCUCCACCCUCUGGCGAUCCCAGUCUGCAUUCUCACUCACCAGAGAAGAUGCCCCGAGGACCCCUUCGCUGGAAGCUAUGUCAAGGCCGCCCAGGGGCCAGGACCAGCCACCGAGGGAGGAGGCGGCCUUGCCCAUCUGGAAGAGCGUGGACAGGCUGGAUGACACAAACCUGGCCGCGGUUUUGCAGAGCCCCGACGGGAACUGGGUGGCCCUGAAAGAUGGCGCUCUGCCGCCCACCCGCCUGCUGGCCAAGCCCAAGAGUGGCACGUUCCAGUCCCUGGAGGCAGCCUCCCGUGUGACAUCUGCCUACGAGGAGAUGGGCUCCGAAAGCGAGGAGGACUUUGACUGGAGUGAGGCCUUGAGCACGCUGUGCCCGCGGCCCCUAGGCCUGCCCAGGAGCCCCCAGCCUCAGCCCACACAGGCCCAGGGUUCGGACCAAGGCCCCUCGGCCACCUCCGCCUCCUCUGGGCUCUCUCCCAACCCCGAGGCCAUGUGCUCCGACUCAGAGACGUCCUCUGCGGGCUCCUCCCGGGAAGCUGGGCGCCGGGCCAGACUGUCCUGGUUGCAGAGGAAGGCCCCCAGGGACCCCGCCGCGGAGAAGAUACGCCUGCAGGGAGAGUUGGACGUGAACUUCAACCCCCAGGCAGCCAGCAGGGAGACCUCGGACAGCAGCGAGCCCGAGGAGAUGCCCCAGGCUGCGGACCGGAAGGCCAGGAGGUGGAGAAGGGCCCGUGUGGGCUCAGAGGAGCCGAGCGAGGAGUUGUCUUCUCCCAACGCCCAUUGCCAGGGGCUGGGUGCACAUCAGGCAUCCGGUGAUUUGUCGGAGACCGACACCAGCGACGACGCCAGGCACCCUCGGAGCCGGGCGGCCGCCACGGAAGAGAAACUGAGAAACAGGCUGUACGAGUUAGCAAUGAAAGUGAGCGAGAAGGAGACCUCUUCGGGGGACGAUCAGGAGUCGGAGCCCAAGACGGAGUCUCAGAACCCCAAGGAGAGUCUGUCCUCUGAAGACAACAGCCAGGGCGUCCAGGAAGAGCUCAAGAAGAAGUAUUCUGCUGUUUCUCUCUGCAACAUCUCCACAGAAGUCCUGAAAGUCAUCAACGCCACCGAGGAGCUGAUAGCAGAGUCCGCAGGGCCCUGGGAGUUCCCACCUGUCCCUCCCGACAGAGAGAAGGGGACAUUUCCUCUUGGGACAGACCAAGUGAGACUGGAUGAACAGCUGACUUCUCUGGAAGAAAACGUGUACCUGGCGGCAGGCACCGUGUAUGGACUCGAAGGCCAGCUGAGUGAACUGGAGGAUGCCGCCCGCUGCAUCCACAGUGGCACCGAUGAGACCGAACUGGCAGAUCUGGAGGACCAGGUGGCCACGGCUGCAGCCCAGGUUCACCACGCUGAGCUCCAGAUUUCUGAUAUUGAGAGCCGGAUUUCAGCCCUGACCAUUGCAGGGUUAAACAUAGCACCGUGUGUCCGCCUCACAAGAAGACGCGAUCAGAAGCAAAGGAACCAGGUACAAACCAUAGACACAUCAAGGCAGCAGAGGAGGAAACUGCCUGCCCCACCAGUGAAAGCCGAAAACAUUGAGGCAUCUUCAGUGACCACCAUUAAAACAUUUAACCGCAACUUCCUUCUCCAAGGCUCCUUGACAAACAGGACUAAUGAAAGGAAAAGCGCCACCAAGGAUUUGAUGGAGCCCAGUCUGGCGUCUGCUGUGAUGUAUUAG